UUUUAUCUGUUGGUCAGUGGUCUUGGACUAGCCACAGCGCAUGCGCACAUCGCAGUUUGUCUGCGUGUCAUGUUGAUGAAUGCUAAAACUGGGUAGUCAACAUGUCCACCGCUGCUGCUCAACGGAACAAUAACGAGGAGCCCGGGCUUCACGGCUCUUGGGUAGAGCUGGAGCUGAAUGGAAACCAAGGGGCCCAGGGCGCGCAGACGGACCCGCAAAUGGACCCGCAAAUGACACCCGCUGCAGACGAAAUAAACGCGAAUGCUGGCAUGAGUGAAACUUUGCAGACCUUGGAAGUGGUGUCUGAGAGCGAUGAGACCCUGAUUGGGGGGCUGGAGCAUGUGCCGUCAUCCUCUUCGAUCCACAACGGGGACAUGGAGAAGAUCCUCCUGGACGCGCAGCAUGAGUCCAGCCCGAGUAGCUCCUCCUGUGAUAGUCCUCACAGGCCACCGAGUCCAGAUCAGGAUGAGGGUCAGAUAACGUUUGAUGUGGAGAUGCCCAGCUCAAGAGGUAGUCAGUCGGAUGAAGAAGGUCCAGAGCACGACAGAGAGGAAGACAUCCUGCUCAAUAAAGAAGUAGACUGGGUCUCUGAUUGGUCCAGCAGACCAGAAAACAUUCCACCAAAGGAGUUCCACUUCAGGCACCCCCGACGUUCGGUAUCUCUCAGUAUGAGAAAGAGUGGCGUCAUGAAGAAAGGUGGCAUCUUCUCUGCUGAAUUCCUCAAAGUCUUCAUCCCUUCCUUACUCAUCUCACACAUCCUCGCUCUUGGCCUCGGGGUGUACAUUGGGAAGAGAAUUGCCACAGCCUCCACCAGCUCCUACUGAAUAGAAGAUAAAGCAGUGCCUGGAUGUUCUCCUGUCUCCAAGUCUCUCAACCAUCCUCCUGUAGUCAAGCUGUCUCUCUGCAUCUAUUGUAACGCCCACAUUUCUCCUCCAAUCAGCAUUAAAUUCUGUCACAUUGUAGAUGUAGUUAUAGAGUUAUACACAUGACGUAAUGUGGUUGCACUCCAUCACACAUUAACACAGGGCAACAUUGUGCACCCAGCAGCUGCCACCAACUUGAAUCCAGUAGAAAACUGACCCUGUUAGAGCUGGAAAAUAUUAGUCAUCCUCUUCAGCUCUAAAAUAUAUGACAAGGAUUUGCUGUCCGGUGGCUUCAGGGUUGACGUUUCUCUACUUGUUUUAGAUGUUAUGUCCUGAGAAAUCUGGCCUUUUCUCCCAAGCUGCAUCUCUCCACUGGUGUCUCAGUAGGAAGAGUGUAUGAACCAAAAAUAUGUCUGCAAUACAAAACAAAUUGAAUUGGCUCUGGAAACAGAAAGGACUUUUUAUCGCCUUAAUUUUUUUAGCUAAACAUUCAAGGUGCAGUUAUUGGGGGGUGGGGGGGACAAAUGAUGCUGCACAGUGGGAUUUGUUUUUAAAUUCCACACAUUUUUUGAGAAUAGAAGUCGUAUCAUGUUGACUCCCGGGGGUUUCUUAUUAAAAGCUUUGUUUUUCUGAAGGUUGGAAAGCUUCUAGUAUGUAGCUGCAACAUUUUACAGUGGGGUUGUUUGAGUAGCUAUGAUAGCGGAACCUAGGCUGGAUGGCAAUUUACCAGGCCAUAUGCUAUUUUUAGUUCUUUUUGCCUACAUAUCGUCUUCUUUAACAAAACAUAGCAGCAAUGGCAAAGUGCCAAAUUUCUAUCUUUCACCACCGCACAUUGGUGAUUUAUCUUAGACUGUUUGUUUUUUUAUUUUCUGAUAUGUUUAGGUAUUUAAAGAUAUAGAUGUGAAAAAUAAUUUAAGCUGUGAUCCGCCCCAUGUACACAUUUUGACAUUGUAUAAUUUGUUUAUAAAUUGAUAUUAAUGCAUAUUAUAUCAUUGUUAUUAUAUAGCAUUUGUGGCAGUGUACGUAAUGUGUUUUUGCUGUCGUUUUAAUAGCCGAAGCGUCGGUGGCAGAAACCAUCACAGUGGAAGGUAUUUCCAGGGGCCUCAUUUCAUUUAAGAGUGUUAUCUAACUGAUCUUUAUCUAGAAUACACUGUGCAAUCAUUUCACAUAACAUGAUACAAUAAACAGUGUACAGUGUGUGUAGAACUUCCAGAGAAACUUGAGGAGCAUUUCCUGAAGAAAAUGCAUGUUUCUGUAUAUUGAUGCUGGUGAUUGGAUGACCGGAGGAUUCUUCGGUCAGCGUUUGUAAUGGAUGACAUAUGAAAAGAAAUCAUAGACCCUAAUGCACAGUGUUGGCUGUAUUGGUUUGAAAGCACUCGACCUGCUUUCAGGCUUUAUAUAACUCAUCCUAACUCAUAAACUGUCAUCAUAACAGGCUUAUGUACAGUUCAGUUUGCAAUACAGAGCAUUUUGGAAUUUGAAUAAAGUUUGUACUGUAUACAGUGGCUGAGAUAUAAAUACUAAGGGAGUGGAUAGAGCUCCACAUAACUUAAUGCAUUAUUUAAGUUAUAAUAACUAAUGCACAUAUCAUUAUAGGCUUCUGCACAGCUGAUAAGUGAGCAGCAGUGAGCAUUUUCAAAUCUGAAUGGACUGUAUACUGAAUACAGUACAAAGAGGCUGAGACAAACAGUCUUUAAAAGUUGAUUUUCUAGACUCAUUUUAGAAGAGGACUCGUUAAAAUAAGGAUCUUUUAACUCCUGUGGUCACCUAGCUAUGUUAACAUAAUCAGUCCAAAGUAAACUUAUUCGUGUGAGUAGUUGAUUCUUUUGAAGCAAGGUUCAAAACAUCUACAGGCAUUUGUUUUGUUCUUUAAUCCAGGAAAGAUGGAUUUGUUCACACUCUCAGUUAUGAACAAACACACCUGGAAGCUGCCCAGUACAUCCACAGUGCGCAGCUGGGGUUAAAGCUCUUGCUCAAGGGCUCUGCGGUGGUGGUAAUGACAGGGGGGCAAGUGUUACUCUUUAACUUUCUCUACCUGUAUUCGUCCUGAUAGUUUAGGAAUCAAAUCUGCAACCUUUUGGUCACCGGCCCACCUGUCUAACCAUUUUUAGGCCACGGUUAUCCCAAAUCGUGCCUUUACAAAGAAAUCUUUUCUUUUUGCUAUUUGUACAUGGUCGAGCAAUGCAGUCGAUAUGAGAGGUUAACUUUAAAGCAAUGUUUAGUUGCUUCUAAUUCUAAUUAUUUGCCUACUUGCAUGCCUUUGACUGGCACAGUCUAGUCUAAUUCGUUGUGUUGCAUCAGAGGGGUCAAAUCUUACCUUUUAAAUGCAUGUACAGAACUGUUGUCUUCAACCUGACAGACCAAACAUUGCUUGUUCGGGGCAGGGCCCUGCUUAGUGUCCAAAUUUAUCCCAUCAGUGCAAAGUAGCUAGGACCUAGGAGUAUGAUUGUUAUCGUAUUGGAAACAUGACAUUAAAGUGUAACAUUGCUCACAGUGGAA